AAUAGCAUCCAUUAAAAAAAAAACAAAAAGGAACAGUGUACUGCUGGAGCUCGCGUAUUUCAUUUUCUUCUUAUUCCUCCUUCAAUCCAAUCUGAGGAAUCUAAUGGCAUCGCGAGACAAGAAACCAGCCAAACCAUCCACCAGUCGCACCGGGGGUAUUCGAACUCUUUCCGAUCUAAACAGGCACGCUGGCCCCGAUCCCGACAGCGAUGAUGAGACUACUCAAGAAUACUAUGCCGGUGGCGAGAAGAGUGGUAUGCUUGUUCAAGAUCCUUCAAAAGCUAAUGAUGUGGAUGCUAUUUUCAAUCAAGCUAGGCAAUUGGGAGCUGUUGAAGGUCCCCUUGAUCAAUUUCCACCAUCUUCAAGCUCAAGAAGCUUUACUGGAACUGGUAGAUUACUCUCAGGGGAAACUGUACCAUCUGCUCCUCAGCAACCUGAGGCUGUGAUUCACAAUAUUGUAUUCUGGACCAAUGGUUUCACUGUAAAUGAUGGCCCUUUGAGGAGAUUGGAUGAUCCAGAAAAUGCAUCUUUCUUAGAGAGCAUCAAAAUGUCUGAAUGCCCGAAGGAGCUUGAGCCUGCAGAUAGAAGGUCCUCAGUUCACGUCAACUUGAUUAGAAGGGAUGAGCAGUGUCCAGUACCAGAGAAGAAGCGCCAUGUUCCAUUUCAGGGCGUGGGAAGAACUCUAGGUAGCAGCAGUACUCCACCAGCAACUGAACCAACAGUUGAUUCAUCUCCUCUCAACAAUGCUCCAAACCCAUCCAGCAUCCUGGUUGUGGACGACAAAUUGCCAUCGACUUCUAUUCAGCUUAGAUUGGCGGAUGGGACCCGGAUGAUUGCUCACUUCAAUAACCACCAUACUGUGAAUGACAUUCGAGCUUUCAUUAAUGAAUCUAGACCUGGAGGUGCUCAGAAUUAUCAACUGCAGCUGAUGGGAUUUCCUCCCAAGGUUCUUACAGAUCCAACUCAAACAAUAGAGCAAGCAGGGCUAGCCAAUUCGGUCAUUAUUCAGAAAUUCUAGUCAAGCUGGAUAAAAGGUCAUACGCUUUUGCAAGUGAUUACUGGGUUGCUUAUUGUACCAAGCAAACCAAUUCUAUGGAGAUAAGGAACCCAAUCUCUAUUUCCAUUUCCUAUAUGUUAAAAGUAGAUUUUGGUGGCUGGUUGAGUAAUCCGAAUUCAAUUUCGUCAUUUACAUCCAUAUUCUGCACCAAUUGUUGCCUAAGUUGUUUCGAACAUAUUUAGCGUCCUUGACAUUUUGCUGCUGGGACUCGGAGUAGGUUAAACAAAGUCUCUUGCAUGUGGGAAGGACGAUUGCGGCUGGAAAUUUUUUUUUGGCUUGAAUGAUUGUAUGGUGUUGUAAAAGCUUCUUUGCUAGAAAAAAGUAAGGGUAAUUGUAAAAUUCAUUUUAA